AGUUGGAACCUGAGCCCGGUUGCCAUGGUGAUGAACCGACAGGUCAGCGUGCCGCAAUGCCUGACGGGAUGAUGUCAUAUUAAAUUAAACCUCGCCCCUUCUCGGUAAUCCUCGGCAACCUCGUCAGCAACCGUCGUUGCCCAUAUUUGGUUCGGUAAUUUCCGAAGUGCUACGUAGAUUCCCGAGGGCACGACUACGUCAGUUGUUUUCAUCCUCUUCAUUCAUAAUGGCGGGAAUUUUGUUGUCCCUUCCGUGACCUGAAGUAGUUUGCUUCAGCCACGCGCCGUCGCCUCCAGUCGCGACAAAUCGUCUCGAUUGGCGACCACAGACAAGCAUCGAAGGCGUCACACAAUCACGGCAUAUUAACUGUCUGUUACAGAUUCAUAAGCUAGCAUUAUGAUGAACGUGACUUCGACUACAUCUGGAUCCCGCUCGGCGUCCACGGGACUGUCUAGCAGCCUGACGAAGCCAACAACGGACCAGUCAGCGUCAGCGCGGUCUACCCUGGCUCCGUCUCAGGACGACAGUCUGUCUAGCGACGACGUGGUUCACGCCAACAGAGUCCAACAUCAUGGCUUUACCUCAGAAUCUGAGCAGGCGCUGACAUACCUGAGUGUGGUGUGGCAUGCAGGCACCCUGGGGUUGGCUUACUUCAACACAGAAACCAGCUACGUCUACAUGAUGAUGGACACAGCCGAAACUGAGGACUUCCAGCUUCUCAGGCAGGUGAUGACGCAGGUGUCUCCCAGCUGUAUCAUCACCAGCUCCAAGCAGGACGAGAAAAUGCUUCAGGUGCUCAGGCACAAAGAGCCCACAGUGCUGCUGUCCAGUGAUGAAGAAGAGGCUGGUGUUCAAGUGGAGGUGUUACCAAGCAUCGACUUCAGCUUGGAGGUGUGCAAGAGACGUAUCUUGGCUCUGAACCUGCCUAGCAUCCCUCAGCACUUCACCGAGUCAGAACGAGUCAUCUACCUGUCAUCUUUGGUGGCUUUCGAAAAUGUCAACAUGGUACGAGCCACCGGAGCGCUCCUGAAGUACCUGGAUAAGAACAGGAUUGGGGUGGAGCUGGAGGAUGCAGAUGUUCGUACACCUGUCCUCGCACUCAAGACAUUCUCCUUAGAAAACAUCAUGAUCAUAGAUGACAGCAGCUACAGUGCUUUGCAGAUUUUUCAGAAGGAAUCCCACCCAUCGGUAUACAAGUCAGGCAGUGGUGCCAAAGAGGGCCUGAGCUUGUUUGGUAUCAUGAACAGAACCAAGUCCAUCCUGGGAAGCCGUAUGAUGCGUCUGUGGUUCCAGCGCCCCCUACAGGACCUUACGGUACUGCAGCAGAGGCACGAUGCAGUUGAGUUUUUCGCCAGCCCCUCACACAUGGAGGUGACCUCCUCUCUACAGGACUCACUCAAACACAUGAAGAAUGUCAACCGAGUUUUGGCCAGAAUGAGAUCAGGCCAGGCUUCAGUGGGAGACUGGCAGGCCCUGUACAAGACUGCCUACAAUGGGAUCUACAUAGGAGAUGUGUGCAGGGCCCAGCCUCAGCAUAUUCACAUCUUCAACAGGGUUUCCCAGAGUUUCUCUGAUGAUCUUCAUCGUAUUGCAACACUCAUCCAUAAGAUAGUAGAUUUUGAGGAGAGCACAGUUCACAACAGACUGGUGGUGAAGCCACAUGUCGACCCUGAGUUGGACGAAAAAAAGCGGACGUACAAUGGCCUGCCAGACUUUAUGACCAGAGUAGCGCGCGAAGAGUUGAACAAACUGGAUGACAGCAUUACAGAGUGCAACGUCAUCUACCUGCCACAGUUGGGCUACCUCCUGGCCAUCCCCUGUACAUCUCAGAUAAAGGAGGAGGAUAACUUCCACAUGCCAGGGCUGGAAUUUGUGUUCCUGUCCAAUGGCAUGGUUCAUUACAAGAGUGCCAGUACCAGAGAAUUGGAUGCCCUUCUUGGAGACACACAGUGUGAGAUAACAGACCAUGAGACGAGUAUCAUGCACAAGCUACAGAACACCAUCCUGGACCACGCCUCUGUUCUACUGGACGUUAUGGACUGUGUUGCUGAGAUGGACUGCUUGAUUGCAUUUGCAUCAGUCGCUAAGGACAACAAUUACGUGCGUCCAGAGUUGUCCAAGGAGAGCGGCAUCAGGAUUGUUGGAGGCAGACACCCCCUGCAGGAGAUGUGUGUGAGCCCGUUUGUUCCCAACAACACCGUCCUGGGAGGGAGCGGCCACCGCCUGAGCAUCCUGACCGGCCCAAAUGCCAGUGGGAAGAGUGUCUACCUGAAGCAGGUGGGCCUGAUCGUGUUCCUGGCCCAGUUGGGAAGCUUCGUGCCGGCAGAGUCGGCCACGGUCGGGCUGGUGGACAGGAUCUUCACCCGGAUUCACACACGGGAGUCUGUGUCGGUCGGGCUGUCUACAUUCAUGAUAGAUCUCAACCAGGUGUCUCUUGCUCUUCGCUGUACUACAGCCCAGUCUCUGGUGCUUUUCGAUGAGUUUGGGAAAGGCACCGCCACUGUUGAUGGUAUUUCCCUAAUGACAGCCAGCCUAUGCCAUCUCUUGUCCCGUGGGGCAGGCUGUCCUCUUACCAUCGUCUCUACACAUUUCCACGGACUGGUCAAACAGAACCUACUGCCCUCCACACAAUAUCUAACAUAUCAGUCAAACAGAACCUACAUUGUACGGCCCGGCCCUUCACACUAUCUAACAUAUCAGAUGAUGGAAACGCUCCAGGACGGUGAGCAGCUGGUGUUCUUGUACCAGCUGGUAGAGGGCGUUGCUGACAGCAGCUAUGCCUGCACCAUCGCCGCUCAGGUGGGGCUGCCCAGCGAGCUUAUAUCCAGGGGAGCAGAGGUAUCCGAGUUGAUCAGAACCAACCAGCCUGUACACCGUGUGGACACAGCCAGUACAGAGACACAGUACCAGAGGUGCUCAGAAGUUGUGAAGGAGUUCUUGACCUUGGAUUUGGAGAAGAGGGAUCUUGUCGACUUCCUCAAGAAGUUUGUAAGUCCUAAAAGUCAAGGAAUGAGCUGAAAAGGUACUGUAACAGCACUGUGAGUUGCAUAAUACUUCCCUAAUGUUUUGUUGUUUUAAAGAGUUAUUACAGUCAGUGAUGGUCAACAGUUGGUUUUAGUUUAGAAAUCUCUCAAGAUUAAAUAACUGAUAGUGACCAAGUUCUUGUGGUAACUGAAUGUAAAUAUUUAGUGCUCCC